AUGUCACUUGUUUCCCAGUCACCCACUUUGACUCCUCGGUUGAACGUGCACUACUUGGCACCCGGAUUUUCCGUGAUACCUCCGAAAGCUAUCGAUGGGUUAUGUCAAAAUCAACGCAGCCUGCUCUUCUGCCAUGGUGUUACUAUUGUGAAGAUCUCGCCUGAAGUGGUCGUCAAGAUGGGCGCUCAUAUCAACUUCCUCGAAGUCAAAAAUAUGAUCUAUAUUGUGGAAAAGACACGAAUUCCCCUUUUCGCCUAUUAUACAUACGGCCCUAUUGAUCGUGAUCCGGAUGAUUAUGGAGGCCUUUACGUUGCCUAUAUCUUUAUGGAUUUCAUUGAUGGCGACACACUGCACACGGCGUGGGAUACUUCCGACGUCGCUACUAAAACCCGCAUCUCAACCUAG